AUGAGCAGCGCCAAAUCACGCAACUUCCGGCGCCGCGCCGAUGACGAUGAAGAUCCGGACAACAGCAUCUCCGGCACCCCCUCAACCACGAAUAAGCCCUCCGCCCCCACCAAGCCCAAAAAACCCACCCCUCGACCCGCUACGAAAACCCUACUCUCCUUCGCCGAUGACGAAGACGACGAGUCGCCGUUUUCCCGCCCGCCUCCGUCCAAGUCUUCGGCGUCGUCAUCCUCCCGCUUCUCCAAGACAUCGUCGGCUCACAAGCUCACAUCCUCCAAGGACCGAAGUACACCGCAUCCGCCGAUCUCUACUGUCCCUUCCAAUGUCCAGCCACAGGCAGGAGUCUACACUAAAGAGGCCCUUCUGGAGCUUCAGAAGAACACCAAGACCUUAGGCGCACCCUCCCGCAAUAAGCCCAAGCCACCUGAGCCAGAGCCUGUAGUAGUUUUGAAGGGUUUGAUAAAGCCUGUAAACUCGACUGGCUUAGAUUCUGUGGCUACAGGAAAAAGUCCGGAUUUGGGGGAGAACAAGAUGGACAUUGAUGAUAAUCGGAAAAGCUCUGUUGCCGUUCGAGAUGAUGUGCCAUCUCUAUCAAAGAGCAUCAAGUUAGGGCCUGGUUUGCUUGAGGAUGAUGAAGAAAUGCCAGACCAGUCAAUGAUAGAGGCAAUCAAGGCUAAGAGAGAGAGGUUGAGGCAGGCCAAGGCUGCGGCUCCAGAUUUCAUAGCGUUGGAUGGAGGAAGCAAUCAUGGUGAGGCUGAAGGUUUGAGUGAUGAGGAGCCCGAGUUCCGAGGAAGGAUUGGCUUUUUUGGCGAGAAAAUUGGCGGUCAUGACAAGAAAGGUGUCUUUGAUGAUUUUGAGGAGAGGCCAGUUCAAAAGGAGAGGGGAGUUGAAGUGGCUAGUGAUGAAGAGGACGAAGAGGACAAAAUGUGGGAGGAAGAACAAGUGAGGAAAGGACUCGGAAAGAGGCUGGAUGAUGGUGUUGGAAAUCAAGGAGUGGGUGUUAGUGUUAAUGGUGUUAGUGGUAAUCUACCGAGUUUGGGCUACUUGGGCGCAGGGAAUAGUAUGACGCAUAUUCCUGCGAAAAAUGUGGAUGGUAUAAGUAGUCACAGUAGUGUUGGAGGGACAGUUGUGAACAUAUUUGAUACUGAUGUGAUGUCGAUAUCUCAGCAAGCAGAACUUGCUAAGAAAGCUCUGAGUGAAAACUUGAAGAGGGUUCGGGAAUCUCAUGGACGAACUAUCAUGUCACUGGCAAAGACUGAAGAAAAUCUCACUUCCUCGUUGCUGAAUAUUACUACCUUAGAGAAUUCGCUGUCCGCUGCCGGUGAGAAGUUCCUCUUUAUGCAAAAGCUUCGUGAGUUUGUUUCUGUUAUAUACAAGGCUUCGUUGCUAGCCGAGGUGAUAGAGCACGUGAAGGAGCUCAAACGGCAAACGUCUCUCAUAGCCGAGUCGGGCCCUGUCCCCACCGAGGCAGAUGAGCUCACCGUGGACGAUGCCUCGGGCAGUGAUGGGCAGUGGCUCGUUCGAGCUACCAUAUGUUGCGAGGACCGACCGGACCUUCUGCCCGGUCUUAUCAAUGCUCUCAAAGCCCUCAACCUCAAAACCCUAAGAGCCGAAAUCACGACACUCGGAGGACGAGUGAAGAAUGUACUGUUGAUUACUGGCGAGGAGGAGGAGGAGGAAGAGGAUGAGGAUCGGGAGCGGGUGGACCGGCAACACUGUAUGAAGUCCAUACAAGAAGCGCUCAGGUCGGUUAUGGAGAGGUCUGGUGGUGAUUAUGAAAACGGGUCGUCGGCCGGUGGGGCGAAGAGGCAGAGGAUGAAUGCAGGUGGUGUGUUUGAGUAUAGGUCCUUUUGA